AAUAAUAAUACUAAUAUCUUUUUUUUUUUCUUGAGAGAAUAAUAAUAAUAGCAUUUUUUUUCUUUUCAAUAUUGCCAAAGGAUGAGGGGUUAGGCAGACUCAAAAUAGUAAAUAAAUCAUGAAUCGAGACGACACUGUGGCCUAUCACCUGUCUGUCCCUCUUCUCUGGCUUUGGAUCAAAUUGAAGAACGUUGUCUCUAUUGAGAAAUCCAAAGUGAACACAGACACAGUGAGGAGCUGAUCGAUUUCGACCACACCAGAAUACAGCAGAUUAUUGGUGGAAGCAAUCGAGACGAGAGGGUGGAAACCUGCUUUUUGCGCAAGUUAUUCGACUCGCUAACACAGACAUAGAAGAAAAGAAGGGACUACUGCAAUGGCGGCGCGGCGAAUUCUCUCUCUCAUGGCUGCAAAAUAUGCACAGAAUCCACUCCCGAGAGAUGUCUCUAGGAAGUUUCAUCCUUCUCCAAACUCAUUCUCUCGCAACUACGAGCAGUAUACCAGAGGAUUCCAGUCUCUCCCAGAAGCCAGUGUUCCGUCUGCGCAAAGUCCAACCGAAAACGGAAGUUGCAGCUCGAACAGUGACCAGAGCACGAGCAGGUGUGUCCCCAGUUCGACAAAUGAUCAGGCUGCUGUAAAGCACCAAGUGAAAUCCAACUUGAAGGUUUCUGAGAGGCAUGAUCUUGUCAUGAUGUUCACUUGCAAAGUUUGCGACACCAGAAACCUCAAGACGGCCUGUCGUGAAUCGUACGACAAAGGCGUGGUCGUUGCUAGGUGCAAUGGCUGCGACAAUCUGCACCUGAUCGCUGAUCGGUUGGGAUGGUUUGGAGAACCGAGCAGUGUCGAGGAGUUUCUGGCGGCUCGCGGGGAGGAAGUGAAGAAGGGAUCCGCUGAGACUAUGAAUCUCACUCUUGAGGAUCUUGCUGGGAGGACAGAUGUUAGUAUUUGAAUUUCUGUUGUUGUUUGAUUUUUGUAUGAUUUCUAUGAUUUAGUGUGUAGAAGAGAUUUUUGCCUUUCACAAUUUGGCUGGAACUGGAUAAAGAAGUAUUUGGAGAUUUCUUCGGAUGGUAUAUAAGAUGAAAAAGUUAGUCCAUCGACUAUUUCUAUACAUAAAUAUUGAAAUAAA